GGAAUAAUUAGAUCUUGUAGGUUCACUCUGCCAGGAUGGUAAGUGUUUGUUGAAUGGGGAGGCAGAGGGCCGAAGUUCAGGUGAAGUUCUAGAGCUGAAUGCCUAAUGACGAUGUCUACCAGGUGAGAUGGGUGUAAGAACUGGAGGCAGUCACAGAGAGCAGAACUCUUGAGGCCAAACCCCAACCAAGGAGGCGUAAUGGGUGGGCCGAGGCAGGGGCAGAAGAGCACAAGCAGCCUGAACGACGAGAACGAGGCGGCGCCGUCGACAUCCGGGCGUUGCCCGGGGGCUGCGUCGACCCCGCGGAGGGCGCCGGGGGGCGGGGCCGGCCGGCCCGGGGAGGGGCAGCUCGCGCCCUCCAGGCCAGCACGCGGCGGCGCCCCCUCCCCUCGCGCCGCGGGCCUCCCCGCGCCGUGCACGUCCCCGUCCUGCGCCUCCGCCCCCUCGCUCGCUCGCUCCUUCCCGCCCUCCCCGGAGCGCCGGCCGAGCCGGCUUCCCUUCAGUCUCUCAUGAAUAUUGAGCGGCCCCUGUUGUAUUUCCCGAGCUCCAUUGCGGAAGCCGAGACUCGCCAUAUUGUGCGGCGGCGCCGGCGGCCGCGGCGGCUUGUACCUGAGUCUCGGUCUGGCCGCGGCCAGUGGAAUCCCGGGCUGGGGCAGGAGCUGGUCUCGUUUCCAGUUUGGGUUAACCAGUGAUAACUUACCAGUGUAGCCUCCUGAAAUACUUUUUUUCUCAGAAGUCUCCAUAACUUUUGAACAGUGGCAACAGAUAUUUUGCAAAGCUGCCUACAGACAUUGGAGAAACUGCUAGGGGAAACUAUUCUUCACAGCUUUCAAGAGGAGUCAGCCUGGUUCGUGACAGUUGUAUUGCUUUUGCAAAGGAAAAGGAGGAGACGUGUGCCUGAUGCUUACUUUCAUAUUCCAUAACCUUGUUAAGGAAUUUGUAAAUUCUGUAUACCUGAGUUCGGCAGCACAUUUAUUGUUGACUGUAAGAACGAUGUCUCAGGCUGUGCAGACAAACGGAACUCAACCAUUAAGCAAAACAUGGGAACUCAGUUUAUAUGAAUUACAACGAACACCUCAGGAGGCAAUAACGGAUGGCUUGGAAAUUGUGGUUUCACCUCGAAGUCUACACAGUGAAUUAAUGUGCCCAAUUUGUUUGGAUAUGUUGAAGAACACCAUGACUACAAAGGAGUGUUUACAUCGUUUUUGUGCAGACUGCAUUAUCACAGCCCUCAGAAGUGGCAAUAAAGAAUGUCCUACCUGUCGGAAAAAGCUAGUUUCUAAAAGAUCACUAAGGCCAGACCCAAACUUUGAUGCACUCAUCAGCAAAAUUUAUCCAAGCCGUGAUGAGUAUGAAGCUCAUCAAGAGAGAGUAUUAGCCAGGAUCAACAAGCACAAUAAUCAGCAAGCACUCAGUCACAGCAUUGAGGAAGGACUGAAGAUACAGGCCAUGAACAGAUUACAGCGAGGCAAGAAACAACAGAUUGAAAAUGGUAGUGGAGCAGAAGACAAUGGUGACAGUUCUCACUGUAGUAAUGCUUCCACACACAGUAAUCAGGAAGCUGGACCUAGUAACAAACGGACCAAAACAUCUGAUGAUUCCGGGCUUGAGCUUGAUAAUAACAAUGCAACAGUGGCAAUUGACCCAGUAAUGGAUGGUGCUAGUGAAAUUGAAUUAGUGUUCAGGCCUCAUCCCACACUAAUGGAAAAAGAUGAUAGUGCACAGACAAGAUACAUAAAGACCUCAGGUAAUGCCACUGUUGAUCACUUAUCCAAGUAUCUGGCUGUGAGGUUAGCUUUGGAAGAACUUCGAAGCAAAGGAGAAUCAAAUCAGAUGAACCUUGAUACAGCCAGUGAGAAGCAGUAUACCAUUUACAUAGCAACAGCCAGUGGGCAGUUCACUGUAUUAAAUGGCUCUUUUUCUUUGGAAUUGGUCAGUGAGAAAUACUGGAAAGUGAACAAACCCAUGGAACUUUAUUAUGCACCCACAAAGGAGCACAAAUGAGCUUUUUACUAAAACCAAGUCUGAGAAUGAACUUUUUUUAUAGCCUAUUUCUUUAAUAUUAAAGAUGUAACGUCUUUACUUUUAUGGACAGAAUCUUGGAUAUGUUGUUCAGUUUUCUUUCUGAGCCAGACUCGUUUACACUAUUAGAAUCUUUUCCCCUUAAUUUAAGAUUUCCUUUUUGGAAGGGACUGCAGUUAUUCAGGACUUUUUCUUUCCUUUAAAAAUAUAUCUAAGUUGUAUGUUUUCAUGAAGUAUGGUUCCAUUUGGAGCACUCCCUUUUGACCCAGGAAUUUUUCAUAGUUCCGUAUCCUUAAGAUUCAGUUGGCUAUCCUUUUCCCUCCCCUCAAAAGUUUUUUAGGCCUACAGAAUGUUAAAUAAUAAGUAUUUUGACUUUUUUUCCUGGAGUCUUGUAUAUUUAUAGUUUUCUAUAUAAGCUGUAGUAUCUUCAUGAAGACCAAGGCUCAAAUUUACUGUGCUUAAAAAACAAUUCUCAUAGGAUUAUUAUUUUCAUGGUAUUUUCUUCCAUAAUAUCUCAUUUUUUAAAAAAAGGUUCUUUAUGAACUUAGUGUCCAUUGUCAUGCAAUGUUAUUUUUUUCCAUUUUUUCCCUCUAAUUUUGUGGAAUUUCUGAUCCUGGGAAAGAGAAACAAAAUGUCAAGUUCUAUGAGAACUUGGUUCAUUUACAGAUUUCACUGAAGAAAGAAAAAUUGGUCUUAUGUAGUCUUCAAGUGUAUAUUUAAAGAGGUCUUUUGUAUUAGCUUUACUGUCACUUCAGUUCCUUUAUUAUGUGUGUUUGAUGUUUUUUCCUAUUAAAAUACCAGAGAUAUGGAGAUAUUUUGCACUUUAGCCUUGAUGAAAAGUACAAGAUAUGUUCAAAGCUUCCCUGAUUCUUUUCUUAUUGAUAGCCACGUAAGUUUCAAGAAUAACAUGGCACAUAGAACUAACAACUGGAAGAAAAAGUUUGCUUCUGUUUGAAAAGUGGUUCAGCAUUUUGGGUGGCCCUAUCAGUUUAUCAAUUUGGUGCUCUGCUAAUCACACUCUAGAGAAGCAAGUUAAUGGAGCUUGAGCCCUGCCCUAGUAAAAGAUUAUUCUGUAGAAGAAUGUCAGCAAGUAGGGUAAAAUCAUUUUAUUCUUCUUAAUUUAGUUUUAUAUUGAGGGACAGUGUUGGGCUUUUGGAGCCAGAAGGCUUUAUGAAGACAGAUCAGAAAUAAGAUUGACUUGUGUGUUACUUUUCAUCACUGUCCUGAUGCCAGGUAUGUUUCCAAGUUUAUAAUUAUCACAGUAUUUACAAAGACUUGAUUGCAUUAAGAAAUUAACCCCAAAGGGUUUUUUUUUUUUUUUUUUUUUUUGCCAGGGGUGAGUAGUCCUCCAGUACCAUUGUAACUAAAUAACUUGUCUAGUCAUUGUAAAUAUUUAUCUGUUAUUUUUGACAGAUUAGGGCCAGCUUGAUGUUUUAAAUCUUCAGUCCAGUAUGAAAAUUUAAAGGUUCAUUAAAUUUUUUAGCAUUUUAUUGAAAAUAUUUAAAAUCUGUUUUUACAGUUUUAUUGGUAAUCUGUGCCAUGAAAUUUGAAGACCACCAAAAAUCAAGGGAAAUUUUGUAUUCAGUUCCUUUUCUGGUGUAAUGUUAAGUUGUAUAGAUUAUUAAUGCAUGUCCACUGAAUAUAACCCUGGUUUUGUGAUAUAACUGCUUAGAUUUUAUUGGUGAUAUUAGAUUAGUGGUUGCAUUAAAUAACUAAAUUCCCAUUGUGAUUAAUUGAAAUUUUGUCUUGAAGCAGAAAAUUGUGAAUAUAAGCUUUGUGCUUAGAGAAUGUGUUUCUAUCUGUCGGUAUGGGAGGAUGUAAACUCUUUGCAUCAUUAGUGAAUUCAUUAGAUGUGUAAUUCUUUGCAAAAUAUAAUAGGUAUUUGGUAGAGCAUUGAGUGUAGUGUGCAUGUGCACGUGUGCGUGCACAUGUGUAUGUGUUUGGUGGGUGGGUACGGUUUACCAUCACUACCAACCAACCAAGGUUUUGUAAAGUAUUCUCUUAAGUAACUUCUAUACCCACACUUUCAGUUGAAGAACAAAAGGCUCACCAAAUGCAGUAGGGCCUUUGGAUACAUUAUCAUUUUAAAAUUUAUUGUAGUAAAAUAUACAUAACCAAAUUUAGCAUUUGAACUAUUUUUAUGUGUACAAAUCAGUGGCAUUAAGUACAUUCACAGUGUUAGGUACAUCACUGUUAUCUAGUUUCACAACUUUAAAUUCAUCAUCCCAGACAGAAACUCCCCGUUCCUCUCCCCACUCUCAUCCCCCAAGCCCUUGGUAACGUUUAUUUUUUCUCUCUUUGAAGUUGACUAUCUUAGGCACCUUUUAUAAGUGGAAUCAUAUAAUAUUUGUCCUUUGUGUCUGUCUGAUUUCAUUUAGCAUGUUUUUAAGGUUCAUCCAUGUUGUAGGUUUAUGUCACAUUUUGUUUAACCAUUUUUCUUUGGAUGGACACAGAUUGAUGGACACUUUUUGCUGUUUGAAUAAUGCUACCAUGAACAUUUUUGUACAAGUAUCUGUUUGAAUCCCUGUUUUAAAUUCUUUUGAGUAUAUACCUAGAAGCAAGGUUGCUGGAAUAUACAGUAAUUCUAUGUUUAAUUUUUUGAGGAAUCCCAAACCAUUUUCCCCAGGGGCUGCACCAUUUUAUAUUCCCACCAGCAAUGUACUAGGAUUCUAAUUUCUCCACAUUGUCACCAACACUUGUUAUUUUUGUUUUGUUUUGUUUUUAGUAGUUAUCCUAAUGAGUGUAAGUUGUUAUUUCAUUGUGGUUUUGAAUUACAUUUCCCUAAUGGCUUGUGAUACUAACUAAACAUCUUUUCAUGUGUUUACUGGCUAUAUGUGUAUCUUCUAUGAAAAAAUGUCUAUUUAAGUCUUGCUCAUUUUUAAUUGGGUGGUGGUUUGUUGCGUUGGAGUUUUUAAUCUAUUAUCAGAUGUACAAUGUACAAAUACUUAGUCCCAUUUUGUGGGUUGCCUACUUACUCUUGAUGGCGUCCUUUGGUACACAAAAUUUCUAAUUUUGAUGAAGUCUGGUUUGGCUAUUUGUGUUGUCGUUGUUGCCUGUGCUUUUUGUGUCCUAUCCAAGAAAGCAUUACCAAAUCCAUUGUUAGGAAGAUCUUCCUAUGUGUUUUCUUCUAAGAGUGGUUUUAGUUCUUACAUUUAGGUAUUUGAUCCAUUUUGAGUUUUGUGCAUGGUAAAAGGAAAGGAUUCAGUUUUGUUGUUUGCUUUUGGAUAUCCAGUUUUCCCAGCACCAUUUGUUUGAAAAGACAUGCUCUUUGUCCAUUGCAUUGUCUUGGCCCUCUUAUGUGAAAUUAAUUGACCAUGUAUGCAAGGGUUUAUUUCUGGGCUCUGUAUUCCAUUGAUCUAUAUAUAUGACUGUCCCUUUGCCAGUAGUACAGUUUCGAUUACUGUAGCUUUGCUAUAAGUUUUACAUUAUAAUUUUAAAUUCUUUGAACCUUUGAAGAAGAUCAUGUUUCCCUUGUACAUUUUAGGAAAUUGAGGUUCAGGAUUCUGAUUUGGAUAACUAAACAUGAAAUAAUUGAAAUGCUAGAUGAGAAAAGGUGUUUUUUUUAAAUCCCUCAUAUUUCUACUUAGAAACACUUUUCUAAAAAUAAAAUAGAAGCAUAGUUUUAAGAAAGGAAUAUUUGCGUGCAGUUGUUGUCACUAUAAAAAUUACUUCCUUGAGAAUGCUUCUGAAUUAAUGGAGUAAGGACCUCUGAAAAGCUGUUCUUCCAUAAAAGUGAUGAGAACACUGUAAAAGUUGUCAAAAUCAAGUUUUUCAAAACUAAAACUGAACUAAAGGCUUUCAAUAAUCUAAAUAUUUACCAGUAAUAACUAUAAUACAACUUCCAUAGCAUUAUAGAUUGCCCUACCCCCUUCCCCCUAGUUCCUGGAUAGCCUUGAAAAGGAAUAGCCUUGCAACUAUGGUAGCAGUGAAAAUCAGCAGCCUUGUAACCACUGGAAGGAGCUUAAAGCUCCCUAAAAAGCCCAUCCCAGAGAAUAAUCACUAUUUGACUUGUCUGUCCUUCACUGAAUAGUUCUAUUCCCAGAGCUUGUCUUUACUUGAUCUGACUCUCCCCAUGUGUUUAGAGCCCCAUCUAGAGCCUGUUUGUUUAAAAACCGCUUCAGUUGUUUAACGUAGCAGGUUUUUUUCAGGCAAUGAUACCAAUUGGGACUAAAAAGAAGGUGGCCAAAAAAUAAAAGGAAAAGCUGAGGAAUGACAUGUCCAUGUAGGAUUUGAAAAGCGUCAGCAUAUUCCUGUGAAUAUCGAAGGCAGAUGCAUGUGCAAGGCUGUAUGUGUUCCCAAGUGGAAAAAAACAGGAAGUCACUAAUAGCACUUGUGGCACAACGUGAGCCUCUAAGCAAGCAGGAAGUGAAGGCUAAGGUAGAGUUGAAAAACAAAACAUAAAACUACAUGUUGUGGUGUUGAAGGCCUAUCCCAGCACAUUUACAGAGUACUUCAAAAAGGCCGAGGGAAUUAUGUCAUUGUUUCAAGGCAUUUAAGCAUUAGCAUUAGCUGACCUCUAAGUCAAUGAAUUAGAAUAUAGUGGUCACACAUGGCAAAGAAUGCAGUGUCUUAUUAGAAUUAGUCCAGGAAGGUCACUCAGCAAACCACAAACACAACAGACCUUGAGGUGAAAGGGUUCUGUUGUCCAGAGUUGCCUGUAUUAUUUUAAAUGGCUAGUUUCAACAAAAAUUUACAAUACAUGUGAAGAAGCAGGGAAGUGUGAAGAUACCCACAUGUUGGACUUACUAAACAAAGACUUUGUUAAUCUUCUAAAAUUGUGUCCAAAGAACUAAAAGAAACCAUAUCUUAAAAACUAAAUAUGAGAACAAUUUUUCACCAAAUAGAGAAUAACAUUAAAGAGGUAGAAAUUAUGGUAAAAGAACCAUAUAGAACUGGAUUGAAAUAGUACAGUGAAAUAAAUUCAUAAAAAAAAUCCUGGGAUGCCUGGCUGGCUUAACCAGUAAAGCAUGUGAUCUUGAUCUUGGGUUUGUGAGUUCAAGCCCCACAUUGUGCCUAGAGCUUACUUAAAAAAAUUAAAAAUAGAGGAGCUAACAGAUGUGAACUGGUAGAAAUAUUCAACAAAUGUGAACACAGUCCAAUUGAGAGUAUCCUGUCAGAAAAAGAAAUGAAAAAGUGCUGCAGAGACCUGUGGGACACCAUCAAGUGUAUUAACUUGCAUAAUGGGAGUCCCAGAAGGAGAGGAAGAAAAGGGGCUCAAAGAGUAUUUUAAGAAAUAAUUGCUAAAAAAUUUUAAAAUUUGAUGAAAACCGUGAACCUGCACAUCCAAGAAGCUCAACAAAUGCUAAAUAAAUAAGACGCUUGGAAGCAGCAAGAGGAAAGUAAUUCAUCACAAGGGAUUUUUAAUAUGAUUAAUAGCUUCCUUAUGUGAAGUCACAGAGGCUAGAAGGUAGUCAAUGACAGACAUUUAGAGUCAUGAAAGAAAAAGUCAACUAAGGGGGGGCGCCUGGGUGGCUCAGUCGGUUAAACAUCUGCCUUCGCUCCGUUCAUGAUCCCAGAGUUUGGGAUUGAGCCUGAAGUCAGGCUCCCCACUCAGCAGGGAGACUGCUUCUCCCUCUCCCUCUGUCCCUUCCUCUGCUUUUCUUUCUCUCUCUCUCUCUCUAAUAAUAAUAAUAAAAAAAAUCAACCAAGAAAUAAUCUAUAUGCAGCACAAUUAUUCUUUGGAAAUGAAAGAAAUUGAGGUAUUCCCACAUGAAAACAACAAAUUUGUCUUAAGCAUACCUGCUCUUUAAGAAGUACUAAAGGGAGUCACUUAGACAAAAGUGAAAGGACAUUAGAUAGUAACAUGAAUCCACACAAGUAAGUAGAACUGGUAAAGUUAACUAUGUAAUUAAAUAAAAAGGAAGGUAUAAAUGUAUUAGCUUGGGUCGCAAUAACAGAAUACCAUAGUUUGGAUGGCUUAAACAUCAGACUUUGUCAUAGUUCUGAAGGCUGGGAAGUCCAAGAACAAGGUGUGGAUAGGUUGGUUCCAGGAGGUAAGGGCCCUCUACCUGGCUUGCAGAUAGAUGCCUUCUCACUGUUUCCUCACAUGGUAGAGGGAGGAAGAGAGGUCUGGUUUCUUCCUGUUCUUACAAGGACACUAAGGAGGCCCACCUUUAUGAUUCCAUCUAAAACAAAUUACCUUUCAUAGGCGCAUCUUCCAAAUGCUACCACAUUAGGGUUAGGGCUCACGGGGAUUCAAACGUUCAAUUAUAACUGCUUGUUUACACCUCCGAUUUAGAAAGAAAACUAUAAAGUAAUUAAUGUAGAACUGUUGAAUGCCUUAUGUAUAAAGCUGUAAUCUGUAUGGCAUAAAACAUCAAGGAGGGAAUGGGGCAAUAUUGGAGCAAAGGUUUUCUAGACUAUUGAAAUUAAGUUGGUAUUAAUCUGAACUAGAAUAUUUCAAAUUAAGACGUUAAUUGUCAUCCCUAACACAACCACUAAGAAAAUAAAUCCCCCCAAAAUAUAGUAAAAGAAACAAAAUGGCAUAGAAAAUAACAUUUAACACAAAAGAAAGCUGUUGUGGAAGAAUAGAGAAAUAAGACAUAACAAACUCUCAAGAUUGUAGGUCUUGUUACCCUUAACUAUGUUAGAUGUGAUUAGACUGUAUACUCCAUUAAAAGGCAGAUAUGGCAGAUUAAAAACACACAUACUUUAGUUUCAGAGAAACAGAUUGGUUGAAAGUAAUAGAACAUAAAACAGUAACCAAAAGAACCCAAGUAGCUAUACUAAUAUCAGACAAAAUAGACUCAGACAAAAAUUGUUAGAGACAGAUUGUAUUUUAUAAUGAUCCAAGAGUUCGUCAGGAAAAUGUAAUAAUUAUAAACAUGUAUUCAAACAACAGGACCUUAAGAUAUAUUGAUGAGGCAAAAACUGGAAUAAUUGAAGGGAGAAAUCAACAAUGAUAGUUGAAGAUGUUAAUACGUCUUGUCAUAAGGGACAGUUCAACUGGGCAGAAUACCAGCAAGGAAAUAGAAGACUUGAACAACACACAGUAAAACCAAGUAGACCUAACAUACCUGUAGCAAAUUUUACACAACAAUAGCAGAACACAUGGAAUGAUCUCCAGGGUGGGCAGGUUUACAUCAAACAAGUCUUGGUAAACUUUAAAAAAUAACACAUGCAGAUAUGCACAAACACAGCAGCAUACUCUGGGUAUAAUGGAGUAAAUUUAGAAAUGAAUAGAAGGAAAUUUGGUUAACUCACAAAUGGAAAUUAAACAGUAAACCUAGAAAAAUAAUGUCAGAAAAAGUAAAAAAUAAACUAGAAAAUACUUUGAAGUGAAUGAAAAUGAUGCAACAUUGUCAAAUUUACAGAAUGAAGCUAAAGCAGUGCUUAGAGGGAAAUUUAGCUGUGGAUAUGUAUAUGAACAGAAGAUCUCAACAUAACCUUCUACCUUAAGACACCGUGAAGAGCAACCGCAAAGCAAAAAGGACUUAAAAAAAAAAGGUGAAAUGGGUAAUAGGAAAGCAAUAGAGAAGAUAAAACUAAAAGCUGGUUCUUUGAAAACAAUAAAAUUGAUAAACUUUUAGACUGAUCAAAAACCCAAAUACUAAAAUCAUGAAUGAGGAGUAAUUACUAUCAACAUUAUAGGAAAAAUGAUUAUAAGGGAAUAAUAACAUCUGUAUGCCACAAAUUAGAUAAUCUUGAUCAAAUGGACAAAUUCCUAGAAAGACACAAACUCUAAAAUUGGCUCAAGAACAAGUUGAAAAUCUGAAUAGACCUAGAAUAAGAAAUUGAAUUAGUAAUAAGACUUGCCACAAAGAAAAAUGCUCAAGCCCAAAUAUUAUACUGGUGAAUUCUACCAAAUAUUUACAGAAAAAUUAAAAACCUUUCCUUCAUAAGUUCUUCCAAAAAAUAAAUGAGGCUCAUUUUAUGAGGCUAGUAUUAACUCUGGUACCAAAACCAGACAAGCAUCACAAGAAAACUACAGAUCAUUAUCUCGUGAAUGCAGAGAUUCUGUAUUGUCUUUUUACAUAUAAAAACAAACCCCCCUAACAUGCCAAAUCCAAUAACAUAAAAGUUAAUAUAGGACUUCUUCCAGGAAUAUGGAGUAGUGUUCUCCCCGAAUAGGCUACGGAAAGUAGUCAUUGCCAGUGGUUGGGGAAGGAGUGAAUAGGGAGUGACUGGUUGCUAAUGGGUAUGGGUUUCUUUUUGGGGUAAUGAAAAUUAGUAAUUCUAAAAUGAGUGGUGAUACUUCCACAACUCUAUAUAUUCUAAAAUCUCAGAAACCAUUCCUUAAUACUUUAAAAGGGUGCAUUUUAUGGUAGGUGCCUUCUCCCUCAGUGAGGUUAUUUUUUAUUUUUAUUUUUUUUCCUUUAAAUUUGUUUGUUAUGUUAAUCACCAUACAUCAUUAGUUCUUGAUGUAGUGUUCCAUGAUUCAUUGUUU